AUGUCAACAACGACAUCGACGGAGGACGCGUCGUCAUCGUCGUCGGCGACGAGCUCUAAGAAAGUAUCUACAUGGCUUCCGAUAUCCGCCGUCGUCGGGACAAGUUUGGCGGUGGCCAUUCCCCUCAUCAUGCUUCGUAGGCAACGCCGCGCAGGGCUUCAUUCAGCUCUCAACUCAGCUGCACCUCCUCCGCGAAUAUCCCGGACGUCAAUGUCGCAGGCUCCAGGGUCCCGUGCUUCCCCUCAUCCAACGAAGUCACGUAGGUCUGAAAAACAAUCCGAGUCAGAGUUCUCCUCGCCUGGCGUCGGUGAACUCAUAUCAGCGGUAUCUAAAGCCGAUCUCAACUCCUCCUUGAUGGCGUUCAAGGCUUUUGGGAUUGCUACAUGUUUAGUAGCUGUUGGGGCCGUAACAGUUACGUGGAGUGUCAAGAGUGCGCUUGGGGUUAAGGACGCACAAGAGUUUGGCGAAAAGAUGCGAACAACAUUCUGGUCCGCGCUACCAAAAAACUUAUUGUCAAGUAUCUACCGACCACCCGCAACCGACGAAGAGCGCCAUGAUGCUUAUGAUGCUGCGCCGUUCGAGGUGGAUGAGCGUUGGACGUGGGUGGAGGCUGAGAAUAGGCUGAAGAGAGCUUAUGAUGAGGGUGGGUUUCCGUUGUGGGCACGGACUGCUAUGCGGGAGGUCGAGGCGGAGGCGAGGAUGGAAAGAGUUCGACGGCAGAGAGAGAUGGAUGAGAAAGCUGUUAGAGGUUCAUAG